UCAUUGUUAUCAAAUGGGUCGGAGGGAGUCAGUGUUUCAAUGUUAUGCUGUGAGGAGGCGUCGACGUUCCUUCGAUAAAACGGGCUACUACUUCUACAUCAGCACGUCAAUUUCGCAUGCCACUCUCGGCAAUAACUUGCGUUCUCGUUGCAACAGUAAUCGCUUUAUUAAUGCUACGGUAACCGCAGACGCUGAAAUUCAGUUUCACAGUUUUUCUGUGAUGCCCGUAAACUCAUUUUGGCCUCCGAAAUUAGGCUUCAAUCAUCGUCCAUGACAGAUGCGUUCAGUCGCUAGAAAAACAGCUGUUCCCAAGAAGCGCUCAUCUCAAGUAACACAAUUCAUUGGUCUUCAGACUAAUCUUAGGAACCAAUAGUACUGAUCCGGCGAAAGACGAGUUGAUGUGGGAGGACGAGCAGCUUUUCGGCGUUCGCUGCGAACGCCCACACAAUUUCGUGAGCUUCAUGGAGAGAGCCAGGAUUGCACAGGAUGUGUCACGACAACUGCGUGAGCGGAAGAAGCAGAGUCUCACAUGCGGAUUAUCGCUGCGUUGGAAAAUUGUGUUAUUUGUCUUUUUGAUCGCUGCCGUUUUUGCAUCAGUGGCCUUGCUUUUUCUGCCUGGAAGUCAGCCCUCAGCGUGUGAUGAAAUAGCCGCAGCAUAUUCUGACCUAGUUGCGCCUUUCAGCAUUACCAUGGUCUCCCUGUCACCAUCUCAAGCGGUACUGCGUUGGCAACCUCCGCCGAAUGUGUUUGGCGUCCUCACCGGAUAUACCGUAGAGAUAUGCGACACCUUCGAGCAGUGUGACACCAACGAAAACGUGGCCGGUUGCUUCGAACACCACACUUCUGAAGCAUGGCUCAAAUUUGACACCACUGCCGACACACCAUACUGCGCGUUAGUGAUCGCCAACAUUCAGUGCGGUGUCACCAUCAUCAGCAGUCGUGCAGCCGCACUGGAAAUCAGGACUGCAUCGUUUGCUUAGCACAAUAGACUUUUGUAUUUCUGGAAGAUUUCGCACCAAUGGCUUUGACUAUGCCCGACGCAUUGUAAACUUUGCGGAUUGAAUAGAAACGAACAACUCUUAGAGCAAAAGGGUUUCGUAUUCUUGCCACAGAUUACGUACCUUACCGGAAACAUCACCAACAAGUUCCUUGAAACGUCAUGAACGUCAGCAUGGAAUACAAACGGCUAUUUGUUUGAAACACACACAUACGUACGCGAGCUCUUUAACUGUGCAAAUGCUAAAAUUUGCUACUGACAUUCAAAGAGUGGGGUAACCAUAUUAUAUGUAAGAAAAACGACAGUCUGCUUUCUUGUUUGUCUUUCGAGUUUUAUUCUUCCCUAGGUUUCCAAGUUGUCAAGAGUUACUGCUGCCGCCAACAUAAUUAAUGGCAGCCUGCUCGAGCAUACUGAUCGGAAUAUAUUAUGCUGCAGAGAGAGCAGUUAUCCCGGAUAUAUACAGCUUCAUAGCACCAAAACACGUGAAUAUGUAGAAGUGUCCUAGAGGUUAUCUAAAUCACAUUGAAAGAUGGGGUAUGUUAUAAGGCUUAUCAAAAUACAUACUAAAUCACUGUGAAUGACCAAUAUCGCUCUGUUGCUCUAGAUAAUCUUACACUGCCUGUGCAGCUAGUGGAGCAUGUCUGUGCCAGUGUGGCGUGCUCCAUUGAAAUCAUAACUACUACGGAAGCUAGUCACUUCAUCGAACGGUUGCAAGUUUGCCAUAUACUAUGUCUUAAACAGGCACGAUGUAUUAAAAAACUUGGACUCGAAUAUGUGCUCUGCAAAUAUGACGCACAGUACACUUUCCGGUUCAUCUUCGGAAACAUGCUCCUAUAUUACCACAAAUUGUCUCAAGUAGACUAGAAAAUUUUCGAUACCAUAUAACAACACGUACAAACACAUUAAGCUGCGUCGCCGCUAAAGAUUUUCUUUUGCAUUAUUGUUCUGCGUUUUCGUUUUAUUCAUUAUAAGUUAUAUUAUAACAAACACUCGGCGCUCUAUGCAGACGCAGGCACAGAAAAAACUUGAGUGCCCUUGAGCCUUAAAAGAAGACUAUUUCUUUUUUUUUCAUGAAUAUCACUUCGAGGAGUAUACGUCCCGAACUACUUGGCCGAUAAAGGUCCACUGUAAAUUGAGCCGGUAAAUAUAUACCUAUACAUUUUUUUCGUACACACUUAUUGAACAUAUACUCCCGUGCACGCUGCGUUUCUAAAUAAAAAAAAAAAGUUAUCCGUAGGAGCCAUGUUUGCAUAUUUUUGGUAGCGUUCCAAUAAAUGUAACUGAGAGAAUACCUGUGAUGCGCUCUACAUGUGUAUAUGUAUAUGAAAGUGCACAGAGGUGUCUGCAUGCACGUAAGCAGAGCUUGGGUACUUGGGAACACACAAGCUGAUAGAGAUUAAGCUAGCUCUGAAGAGAAGGAAUGCGCAAAACUUAUUUUUCGCAACGAACAUCGCACUAACGCACGAAGAAAAUGUUAUCGUAGCCUAAUUCUAUGUUAUUUUUCAUUUAUCUCAGCCUAAUAUCGAACAUAUGUACUUUUACAAUAAUUUUUGACAUGCGCAACCUGAAGUUUGUUUUCGUGGCACAGCGCAUUUGGACUGGCGGGUAGGAUUGAUAGAUUUUUUUUAUUAAUUUAUUUCUGCACAUCAACAGAAAUUGAAUCAAAAGCGAAAAAGCUAUACAGCCUGACAGGCAGCAUCAACCGCAGAAACCGUUUGAGUGCUAUUGAUAUUAGGCCGACCUGCAAGACCUUGCUGAGUAUAGGCCCUGUGGAGGAAUGACGCCAUCGUUCACUCCCAUAAAACUGAAGUGACAUUCGGCUUCUUGCAGACUGGCAGCAAUAUCACAUUCACCAUGCACAGCUAUGCACACCUAAGAACAUGAUUACAACGUGCACCUAGCUAUACAGGGACACUUAAGAAUUGAAUCUCGCGACUGUGGAUGUAAGCCGAAUUUUUAUCGGUGUGAAGUGCUAAAACACCGAUCACAUCUUACGCGGGAGCAUAUUGAAGCUGAUCUCAUAGGAAUGGCUGGCAGCAUGUGCGUUAGUGCGCCAUCUUUGUGCCUAUCUGUACAGGAAGUAAGAUUUCUUGAUGAGUUUUACCCUUGCAUGACAGAAUUGCGCCUUUUGUGACUCAUCAUGGUGUAGCCCUCUACCGGUGUGAUGCUUUGUGAAGUGUUUUAACGCAUGCCCUGAUGCUUUCUUGUCACUAUAUAUUUCGUGCAACCUGCCCAUAAACCAGUUCAAGUCAGCGCUCUGUUCCUGUAUCUCACCGGCUCGGCUUGUUUCUUCCUUUCUAUGUCGCGCUGUACCAGUUUUAGAAUGAAGUACCAACUCGCCCAUUCCUCAACCCUAGUGAAGCCACUGUCCCGUCACUAUUUUUCAUUUUUCUCAUCUCUAAAUGUGCUGUCUAAUUUAAAACAAUUAUUUGCUCUGUGUAUUUACAUACUAGGCACUUCACGGGCAGUCCUUAA